GGUUCCACCACACACACACACACACACACACACACAAGACAGAGUUGCACAAGCAAGCUGAAGAGUAAUAAUGGCAGCACUUUUCAAAGCAAAGAAAGCCCUGGGGCUGUGUCUAAGUGGCUGCCGUGGACUAACACAGCUUGCCGAGCUACCUGAGAUGCACCAGAUGCUCAGGCAGACAUGUAGAGACUACGCCGACCGAGAGCUAGCUCCUAUUGCCGCGCAACUAGACAAGGAACACAGGUACCCUGCCAAACAGGUACGAGAGCUGGGUGAGAUGGGCGUGAUGGCCAUCGAGGUACCAGAGGAGCUGGGGGGAGCUGGGAUGGACUACCUGGCCUACAGUCUGGCCGUGGAGGAGAUCAGUCGAGGAUGUGCCAGUACAGGAGUGGUGGUUUCUGUCAACAACUCUCUCUACAUCGGCCCUGUGUUGAAGUAUGGAACAGAGGAGCAGAAACGGGAGUGGAUUCCUCCCUUCACCACAGGAGAGAAAGUUGGCUGCUUCUCCCUCAGUGAACCAGGUAACGGCAGUGACGCGGGGGCGGCGUCCACGCUGGCCCAGCAGGACGGAGACGAGUGGGUGCUGAACGGGACCAAAGCCUGGAUCACCAACAGCUGGGACGCCUCCGCCACGGUCGUCUUCGCCACGACCGACAAGAAACUCAAACACAAGGGCAUCAGUGCUUUCCUCGUCCCCAUGCCUCACCCGGGCCUGUCCCUGGGCAAGAAGGAGGACAAGCUGGGCAUCAGGGCGUCGUCCACCGCCAACGUCAUCCUGGAGGACUGCAGGAUUCCACUGGGCAACAUGCUGGGCCCCCGAGGGGCAGGGUUCAAGAUCGCUAUGCAAACUCUGGACAGUGGGCGUAUCGGUAUAGCUUCCCAGGCCCUUGGUAUCGCACAGGCUUCCCUAGACUGCGCUGCGGACUACUCCCACAAGCGCAUUGCGUUUGGCGCCCCCAUCGGCAAGAUGCAGGCCAUACAGUUUAAACUGGCCGACAUGGCCGUGGCGUUGGAGAGCGCUCGCCUGCUCACCUGGAAGUCAGCGCUGCUACGAGAUGCCAAGAUGCCCUACUCGAAGGAAGCAGCCAUGGCCAAACUGGCUGCGUCCGAGGCUGCCACCUUCUGUGCUCACCAGGCCAUCCAGGUUUUGGGAGGAAUGGGUUAUGUGACGGACAUGCCAGCGGAGAGACACUACCGGGACGCUCGCAUCACAGAAAUCUACGAGGGCACCAGUGAGAUCCAGAGACUGGUCAUCGCCGGACAGCUACUCAAGGAAUACCAGCAGUAGCAUUCAGGCUGUGCUCUGGUUGGAAGUAGCCUUUCAUAUGGAUCUAGGAUCAGGCGAUCUCACCACGGGUCCGAACCCUUCAUCAUCCAGAUAUUGACUAGAGAUACUGUAUGGGCUAUCAUCCAGUCCAUCAACACCAAAGGGCUAUUACAGUCGGAACGGCUGGGUUCCAACACCCAGUACGUCUUUGAGUUUCCGAUCUGCUGCUCUCCCUCAUCCCCCCAUUUGAAGAGUAACCGUGAUAAAACGCCCCUUUCAAGAACAUUUAUUGAUGUGAUAAGACUAACCUGCCUUACAAACGUUCAUCUUUUGCUGUGCCUGCAACCCGGAUUCCUUAGAUAUUAGGACGACAGCUGACUUUUGCUCCGAGAAUCUGGGGAAAUCAUCAAGUACUAAGACUUUGAAGCUGUUUCUCGCACCAUCUGUUGUUUUUGUGUGUGUGUGCUGUAAUACCCAUUCUUACAAGAAGGGGGCAGCGAUGCAUCUCAGCUGCCUUUUUCCCCUUAAACAUCACCAGAGCGCACACCACACUUGAAGGAUGGACACUGGUUCAGGAUCUACAUAGAUGUGUUUGAGACCAGACUGCUUUUAGGUGGAUGGAGCCUUACUGUGACUCUGUCCAUCUAUUGCCAUGUCGUAGGCGAGUGGUAGCCAAACAGCGGAGUCUAAGAACAUGUCUGGUCAACUUUUGAUUGCAUCAAAAUGGUGUAAGCCUACCAGGUUAUGAUCCUAAAGUUUGCGGUUUGAUCCGAAGCAACGUUUAGUGCGGGAGUUUCAAUCACUGUCAACUUGAUCUGUUUGAUUAUUUAAGACUGUGCUCUGUGUAGCGCAUUGUAGGACGUGAACUGCACAGUCCUGGCCUGUGCCUCAACAAACUGCUAAUGUACAUAUUUUACAAAGUUAUGAAGCAAAAGGAAAAUAAAAUCAAAAGAUCUCAUCUGUGAGUUGUCCCUUUAUUGUAAAUGAGAUGAGUACUGUAGUGCACAAGCAGGGGAUUGUCUUGUAGCCGUGUGCGCACUCAUGGGAUGAAAUAGGCCCCUGCACAGUCUGGGCUUGAUGUUAAACAAUGAAUAAUUGAUGUCCCAGGCAGUCAUACAAAAAAGUCAAGAUUCUGCUACCUGCUCGCAGAGGACAUUUUGAACUAGGGAGUCAGAUGGCUGAGCGGUGAGGGAGUCGGGCUAGUAAUCAGAAGAUUGCUGGAUCGAUUCCCCGCCGUGCCAAAUGACGUUGUGUCCUUGGGCAAGGCACUUCACCCUACUUGCCUCGGGGGGAAUGUCCCUGUACUUACUGUAAGUCGCGCUGGAUAAGAGCGUCUGCUAAAUGACUAAAUGUAAUGAACUCACAUUGAUCUCUUUGUUUGUCAUUAGACAUUAAACUAAGCUGCUCUGUACAGGGUGUACAACCAAGGCAUCGAGGAAGUGUAUGCUAACGCAAUCAGGAUCUCUCAUCACAUCUCUUCCUCCAGUUUGGUGCUGUCGGUAUUCUCUCCACAGAUGAUAUCAGGGAGUAGACCUAAUGUGUUCCCUGUCCCUGUACAAGACUGGGUUACUGGGGCAGAGGUCACGGUGUUUGUGAUUUCCACAGUACACAUGCAUGUGUAUGGGUUUAUCAGGGAGUCUGGCUUCCUUCCUGUUGAUGUGUGGUGCUCUCACACGAUCCUGUUUGUUUGGUGUGUUCCACUGGGCCAAGUCCUCUAACUAGGUCAAGUUUCCUGGUCUUCCUGCAGAUCCUGGUCAUGAUACAGUGGAUUGCAUGCGUGCUGUUGAAUUGGCCUUGCACGCUCCUACUUGCAUAGUCAUGUCAGAGACAUGGAUUUGUAAGGAUUCAGACACACACUCAAAAGAUGUUUUUCUGUGUUUUUAUUUCUCUUUGGGGUGAUUGUGUGCCUUUGUUAGGCCUACAUUAUUUUGUGUUUUACUGCUGUACAACCUAUUGUCCCAUGUGGGGACAAAUCAAGUUUCCACUUACAACUUGAAAAAGUGUAAAAAUGCUUGUACAAUAUUGUUUAUUACAAAAACGGAUAUACAACAAUACAUUGUGGAAGAAAACAAUCAUUUGAUACACAAAAACUGCAGAGCAAAUGCAUUCGAAAACAAUCAUUUGAUACACAAAAACUGCAGAGCAAAUGCAUUCAUAUGUAAAUGAGUCCCUUGGAUUACAAUAGGAAAUCACAUUGGUCUGAUCAGGCUACGCUACAAAGGAAGCAUCUAUGUGGAAACAGACAGUCUAAAAAGUACAUCUGUCAGGACGUGACUAUUAAUAACCAGACACUGGACA